AUAACUCUGUGAGGUAAAUUAGGCUCUCUUUGAUUUUAGCAUAUUGGCUAAGAGACUGAAAGGUAAGCCAGGAAGCCCUAGUUCAAAUUUCAACUCCAUCAUCACCUGACUAGGUGACUGUCAACACUCCGCCCUAGUUCCCCCUCCCAUCUGCAAAAUGCGUAUAUUAAUGCCACCCUACCUGGGUAGAGCUCAGAUCUCAGUGCUGCACGGACAUGGAAAACAGCCUUAGAAAUGGCCUCUAACUCCCAUAAUUUCCGUGAAGGAAAUUAGGAAGAGACUUAAGAGGAUAAAAAAGGGACACAAAUUCAAUAGCCCAGAAGAAGGGAUGAAGGGCCAAAAAUUCGAAAGCACAGAAGAUGGCCCCACUACAGAAGGAAAAGCCACGGGUGCAGUUAUGCCCGAGAGACCAGGACAGAAAGAGACCAAAGAGGGCAAAGGAGAGCCAUCCAAGGCGAUGGAAUGGUGCUGGGAAUCCCAGUGGCAGGAGGUCCUGAAGAUGCUGCCUUCCCCUCACUCCGCGUGCAGAUAUCCUCAGCUGCCAGAGAGCAGCCCGUGGGACAACACCAAGGCCUUCCUGGCCUCCUUUGAGCAGGUGGCCAUGGCCUGCCAGUGGCCUCGAGAGGAGUGGGCGGCCCGGCUCCUGCCGGCACUGAGCGGGGAAGCCGAGCAGGCCUUUCAAAGCCUGGAGGCCGGAGAUCAGGAGGACUACGGGAAGGUGAAGGCGGCCAUCUUGCGAGGGGAGGCCCUGAGAAGGGAGGUGCAGCGCCAGCUCUUCCGGCAGUUCUGCUGCCAGGAGGUGGAGGACCCCCGGCGGCUGCACCGGCAGCUCCAGGAGCUGUGCCGGCAGUGGCUGAAGCCGGAGCGGCACAGCAAGGAGCAGAUCCUGGAGCUGCUGAUCCUGGAGCAGUUCCUGGCCAGCCUGCCGCCCGACCUCCAGGGCUGGAUCCGAGCGGGAGGGCCAGACUCCUGUUCCCAGGCGGUGGCCCUGGUGGAGGACUUCCUGAUGGGCCAGCAGGAGGCUGAGACGGAGAAGUGGCAGGGACUGGUGAGCCGCAGAGAAGCUGGCCUGGGGCUGAAGAGGUUCAAGGGGAAUCCCGCCCCACUAGAUCCACAGACUGUACUCCAGCAAGUUCUGCAGGAGGAGGAGGGGCAUGUCAGUUCUACGGGGGACAAGAUGGGAAGGAAGGACCAGAUGGAUAAUUCCCAGUGUUUCAGAAUCGAGCCAACAGACACCCCCAGAGCAACCCGACAAAUCAGGCACGCUCAUGUGACAAUGGCGUCUGAAAUGCAGGAGGAAGGAAGCGAGUCCGCAGAGGAGCAAGGAAGACAUCUGUUGGAGCAAGAGAAUAAAUGUAAGAAUCACCAAGAUGACCUUACGGGAGCAAUUGGCCAGCCUUCCAUGGGGCAAACAAGAGAUCACGUGCCCGUGUUUUCCAAGUAUGGUAGACAAUAUCACUACAGGGCGGAACUAGAUAUGAUGCCUGCCAGCGAGGUUUAUAAUGACUAUCCCACAUCAGAGAAAGCCCUCCAGCAAAAUUCAUGUUCCGGUAAAUAUCAGAAAACCAUACCACGAGAGAGUAAACCUGAAUUCUCUGAGCAUCGGAAAGUGGGAAGCUUCAACCAAAAUCAAAAUAACCACACAGAAGAGACGCCUCAUAACUCUCCUGAAUAUGGGGACAGCUUUAGCGAUGCAAAGUCAUUAAAGAGAAAUCAAGGAAUUCAAGGUGAAGGGAAACUCUAUAAAUGUACUUAUUGUGACAAAUGCUUCAGCAAGAGCAAACAUCUGCUGAAUCAUCAGCAAUGCGAAUGUCCUGAAUCUGGGGAAAUUUUCACUUUUAGACAAGCAUUAGUGAGAAAUCAGGAAACUUACUGUGGGGUGGAGCCUUAUGUAUGUUCUCAGUGUGGCAAAUGCUUUGCCCAGAAAGGAAGCUUGAUGUGCCACCUGCGAAUCCACACUGGGGAGAAACCGUACAAAUGUUCUUACUGUGGGAAAAGCUUCAGGCAGACCGGGGCCUUGCUGGGUCAUCAGAGAAUCCAUACUGGAGAGAAACCAUACAAAUGUUCUCAGUGUGGAAAAAGCUUCAGCUAUAAAGGAAACCUGAUAUGUCAUCAGAGAAUCCACACUGGUGUGAAGCCAUAUAAAUGUUCUCAGUGUGGGAAAUGCUUCAGCCAGAGUGGACACUUGAUGAGUCAUCUGAGAAUCCAUAAUGGAGAGAAGCCGUACCGAUGUCCUCUGUGUGAGAAAAGCUUCAGCCAGAGAGGCGCUCUGGUGAAUCAUCAGAAAGUUCAUCUUGCGAAAUUGGAAAACACCUUAAUCGAAUUGGAGGAGGAAGAGAUGGAGGAAGAAGAAUGUGUCGGCCGAGAAGUAGGACCAGUCAGAGCUGCAAAAGCCACUGGGGAAGUUCAGCCUGAGUACAGGAUGGAGCGACCAGGAUGGGGAGCUUCAGAGAACAGCAAAGGGAAACCUUCCAAGGGGAUGCAAGAGCGCUGGGAAGCCCAGUGGCAGGAGUUCCUGAGGACGCUGCAGCCCAUCCAGACAGGGGGGCAAAACCCGGUGAUGCUGGAUGUUGCCCCUUGGGAAGACACCAAGGCCUUUCUGGCCUCCUUCGAGCAGGUGGCCAAGGCCUGCCGGUGGCCUCGAGAGGAGUGGGCGGCCCGGCUCCUGCCGGCACUGAGCGGGGAAGCCGAGCAGGCCUUUCAAAGCCUGGAGGCCGGAGAUCAGGAGGACUACGGGAAGGUGAAGGUGGCCAUCUUGCGAGGGGAGGCCCUGAGAAGGGAGGUGCAGCGCCAGCUCUUCCGGCAGUUCUGCUGCCAGGAGGUGGAGGACCCCCGGCGGCUGCACCGGCAGCUCCAGGAGCUGUGCCGGCAGUGGCUGAAGCCGGAGCGGCACAGCAAGGAGCAGAUCCUGGAGCUGCUGAUCCUGGAGCAGUUCCUGGCCAGCCUGCCGCCCGACCUCCAGGGCUGGAUCCGAGCGGGAGGGCCGGACUCCUGUUCCCAGGCGGUGGCCCUGGUGGAGGACUUCCUGAUGGGCCAGCAGGAGGCUGAGACGGAGAAGUGGCAGGGGCCGAUGAAGGAGGAGUGCAUGGAUUCCCUGGGAGCAGAGGAAGAGCCUUUCAAAGCUGUGAAGGGGCAGGUCUACAGAGGAGCCGAGCAAAGUUGCCUCGUGGAGAUCAGUCCAUUUGGCAGUGGAAUUAAGUGUCCAAGAGUUACCAACCGAUUGCUUCCUUCUGAAGGACAGGGAAUGGUCCACACUGGUGUGAAGGAGGAACCGAUGGAUCCCAAGGAAACCAGCCUGUCUUUGCAACUGGUCAAGCAGAGUUUGAACCAGCCAGGCCAACAGACCAUAGUCUGGCAAGUCCUGCAGGAGGAGGCUGGGAAUGUAAAUUCUUUGGGUGAUGAGAAGGGAAGUCAGGUCAAAAUUGAGAACUCUCCGUGUGGAGGAAAUGAGCCAGAAGAUAUUCCUAGGAGAGCCCCACAGAUAAAUCAAGGAAGUGUGGUGACAGCUGAGCUGCAGGAAGAAGGAUGUGAGUCAAGAGGGGAACAGGUGGGGCAGCCUGUGAAGAGAGAGAAGGAAUUUAAUGAGUUCAUAGAAGGUCUCACCACUGUGCUGAGCCAGUCUUCCGAAGGACACAGAAGUGAUCACAUGCCCAUGUUCUCCAAAUAUGGCAGAAGGUAUUGCUACAGAUCAGAACUUGAUAUGACAGUGACCACAGAGGAUUACAGUGCAUGUCCCAUGUCCGAGGGGACAAUGCAGCAAAAUUUAUACUCUGAUAAACAGGGAACUGCCACGGGAGAGGAAAAACACGAAUGUUCUGAGAGUCCGAAAAUAUUCACUUUUAGACAAACAUUAGAGAGUCAUCAGGGAAUUUAUACUGGGGAGAAAUCAUACAAAUGUUCUAUGUGUGGUAAAAGCUUCAGACAGAGUUCGACAUUGAUGAGUCAUCAGAGAAUUCACACUGGAGAGAAACCCUACAAAUGUGCAGAGUGUGGGAAAUGCUUUCGGGAGAGUGGAAAGUUGAAGAUUCAUCAGCGGAUUCAUACUGGGGAGAAACCACACAAAUGUUUUCAGUGUGGGAAAAGCUUCAGGAAGAGUGAAAAUCUGAAGAAACAUCAGAGAAUUCACACUGGAGAGAAGCCACAUAAAUGCUCUCAGUGUGGGAAAAACUUCAGGCAGAGUGAAAAUUUGAAGAAACAUCAGAGAAUCCACACUGGAGAGAAACCCUACAAAUGUCCCCAGUGUGGGAAAUGGUUCAGUCGGAGUGAAAAUUUGAAGAUUCAUCAGAGAAUCCACACUGGAGAGAAACCCUACAAGUGCCCACAGUGUGGGAAAUGCUUCCGUCGGAGUGAAAACUUGAAGGAACAUCAGAGAAUCCACACUGGAGAGAAACCAUACAAAUGUUCUCAAUGUGGAAGAUGCUUCAGACACAGUGCAACCUUGAUGACUCAUCAAAGAAUUCACACCAAAAAGAAACAAUAAGAAUAUUCAGAGAAUGAGAAGUGCUUCAUCCAGGGAAAUUUGAAGGAACAUCAGCAAAUUCAUACUGCCCGUGUGAAAGUCAUCAGUAUGAGAAAAGCCUCGUGUCAGAGAAGGCAUUUGAAGGGUUAUUGGAGAACCGAUCAGUGGCAGUGUUGCUCAAAUAUUAUGAGUGAGGAAGAAGCUUCUCUCUAAGAGAACUCAUGGAGGACAGUGGCUUUAUGAAUGCAAGAAGAAUUUUCCUCUGAUAAGUGCAAUAGUUAAGCUUCGGAGAGCAUUAAUAUAUCCAUGGGUAGGGAAGCUCUACUUAAAUGCAAUUUUUAAAAUGCAGAUGAGAGAGAAAUUGGGUAGGAGAAGCUGGAUUGGACAUCAGAAUAAAUAAAGAGAGAACGCAUAUGAACAGAUUGACUGGGUGACAGUGUCAUCAUAAUUAACUCGGCCUCAAAUGUCCCUACCUAAGAUGAGGGUAAUUAUUUUCAGCCUCAGAGACCUUCCCUCUCCAUUGUGGAGAGUCGGUUUAUUUCUUAGCUCUUACUGCAAGAUGCUUUAAAUUUUUUAAAAUUUAUGUUUCCCAUCAUCCAAAAAGGCCCACGUCUGAGCAAAUAUAAAUGUCUUAUUUUUGCUUAUACUUUAUUGGUCGGUCAGAGAAUUAAGAAACUGCCAAAUCUCUGUAGCCUCUGUAGGUGGUGAUGUUGCUGUGACAACCAUAAGAAGAGACGUUGCUGAGGGUUCAAAAACUAGUCCAAUCUACAAAGAAAGGCCAGUCAAUCUAUUAGUUUCGAUAGUUCCCAUCCAAGAUACAUCACUGGACGACAGGAGCCUGGCCAGAGGAGGAGGAAGGUCACAUGCCAUUUUGUUUUCCCCACCAGCUUCAGUUGGAAACAGAAAUUGCUAUGCCGUUUGCAAAUCUGGAGAUGCGGAUUCUUGGUAAAGGGUGCGACAGUUUCCAGGGUUGAUGUCCGCUAGGACAAAUGUGCCCAAUAGAAGAAAAGGCUGGAUUGCUCUUUGCCAUGUCUUCACGUACGGAGGAAGGAUCCACUUCGUUCGUAAUGGCUCCUGUUUGUGAAUGGAGAUCUUUUGGUGGUUGGAGGGGUAGUAUAAUUCCAAUCCCUUUUUGUCACUAAAGGUUGCAUAUAUUCUGCUGAAA